GUUUCCAGAAAAAAGGAAAGAGGGGGUGUUUCAACAUUCUGUGUUCUGAUCAUAGGCUGGUAGUACGCAACCAACAUAAAUGGGAGGCUGGGUACAUCUUUGAGCUACACUUCAGCAUGCGGUUCUGUAAUAUAGGACCAAAGCUGAAAAAGCUACCUAAAAUGUUGUUUUUGUGCAGCUGUAGACUUUGACUCUUUCAGGGAGCUCUCUUUAAUCUGUGCUGCCACCUUUUUCUGCUUCUAUGUAAGUUUCCUGGGGAUUAGAAGAUUCUAUUGUGCUUUCUUUGGAAGGAACAUGGUGAUUAAGGCGUUUUCCCCUUUGGGGGCUGCGAAUUUUGUGGCAGUUGGGACAAAGCAGAAAGAAGUUAGGUUUUUGGCUAUAUUUGACAUUGUAGCCUUCUCUGUUUUGAAUGCUGGAUUUCUUUGUGCAAUGGCUAUUGAUGUGAGGGGAAGAGCCCAAUGCGCUGGAGAGUUUCUUUGUGGGUCGUUGUCUUCGUCUUCAGUUGUUUGCUUAUGGAAGCAAAGAACACAAGAAUUUCUUGGAAGUGUUGGUUUUGAAUUAAAAUCCGUCAUUGUUCUGGCUGUAAAGCCAUUUCCAUUAUAA